AUGGCUCCUGCACGAAGAAUCAAAACUUUGCUAACCGUCAACAUCUUCGUCUUCUUGGGGAUAGUCCUGUUUUCCGUCUAUUGUCGGAUUUCCGAACGCUCCGAGGAGCUGGUCCAGAUCCCCGACCGGAGAGUCAGGAGCCGGAGUAGCAGGGAGCAGCUUCUGAAGGACAGAGAGAACAUCCUGCAGCGGUUGGACCAUUUGGAAGAAGUGGUUUACAACCAGCUCAAUGGGCUCGCUAAACCGAUCGGACUGAUGGAAGGACCUGGAGGACUAGGUCAAGGAGGAAUCGCUGCCACUCUGAGAGACGACAGUCAUGAGUUUGACGCCAAGUAUGAAGACUAUGGCUACAAUGCCCAGCUCAGUGACAGGAUAUCACUCGACAGGUCGAUACCCGACUACAGACCACAAAAGUGUAAACAGAUGACAUACCAGAGCAACCUCCCUCAGAUCGCCGUGGUCUUCAUCUUUGUGAAUGAGGCUUUGUCAGUCAUCCUGCGAUCAGUGCACAGUGUCGUCAAUCACACGCCUCCACAUCUCCUCAAAGAGAUCAUUCUUGUCGAUGACAACAGCGACAGUGUGGAACUGAAAUUCAAUCUGGACCAGUAUAUCAACAAGAGAUACCCUGGGCUUGUAAAAAUAGUUCGCAACAGCAAGAGGGAAGGGCUGAUUCGAGCCAGAAUACAAGGCUGGAAGGUAGCCACAGCACCAGUGGUUGGGUUUUUUGAUGCUCACGUAGAAUUCAAUGUGGGCUGGGUCCAACCGGUCUUGAGUAGGAUCAAGGAAGAUCACACUCGCAUCAUAUUGCCAGCCAUAGACAACAUAAAAUACAGCACCUUUGAAGUGCAGCAAUAUGCCAAUGCAGCCCAUGGCUACAACUGGGGAUUGUGGUGCAUGUACAUAAUCCCACCACAGGAAUGGCUGGACAAAGGAGAUGAGGCUGCACCUAUCAGGACACCAGCAAUGAUUGGCUGUUCAUUUGUGGUUCAUCGGGAGUACUUUGGCGAAAUCGGUCUCCUAGAUCCCGGGAUGGAGAUUUACGGAGGAGAAAAUAUUGAACUAGGCAUGAGGGUCUGGCAGUGUGGAGGCAGCAUGGAGGUCCUACCGUGCUCGAGAGUGGCCCACAUCGAACGCACAAAGAAGCCGUACAACAAUGACAUUGACUACUACGCAAAGCGGAACGCACUGCGAGCAGCCGAAGUCUGGAUGGAUGACUUCAAGUCGCACGUUUACAUGGCAUGGAAUAUACCAAUAAAUAAUCCAGGGGUUGAUUUUGGUGAUGUUUCAGAGCGUGUGGCGCUGCGCAAGAGGUUGAACUGCCAUAGCUUCAGGUGGUACAGGGACAACGUCUAUCCUGAAAUGAGGAUCUACAACAACACCAUCACGUAUGGAGAGGUACGAAACAGCAAAGCGAGUGGCUAUUGCUUAGACCAAGGCUCAGAAGAGGAUGACCGAGCCAUUCUAUAUCCCUGUCAUGGCAUGACCUCACAGCUGGUUCGUUACACCAUUGAGGGGUUGCUGCAGCUUGGGCCCCUGGGAUCAACAAACUUUCUACCAGAUACCAAAUGUUUAAUCGAUGACAGAAGAAUCAAAUCUCCAAGUCUCAGGAAAUGUGACGAGGUACCCCGACCAAAUCAGAAACUCUGGAAUUUCACACAGAAUGGGCCAAUUAUCAACAGAGACACGGGUCGUUGCCUGGAAGUGGAAAUGACCAAGGACGCUAACUUUGGCCUGAGACUAUCCUUGCAGAAGUGCUCUGGGCAAAAAUGGAUAAUAAGAAACUGGAUCAAACAUGCCAAGCACUGAGCGCUGAGGGGAUUUACCUUUGUAUAUCUGUUUCCACAUGACAUUGUGACAUGUAGCCAAACACUCAUGAGACAUCGUGGGAUACACAGUGUGGGACCACCCAGUCAUUCUCAAUGAAGGGACUCGGACGGACACUUCCAUUUGGACAUUACUGACAACUGCACGGAAUUAGAUGAACAAUAAUGAUGUGCCUUUUUCACAUAUAAACUUCUCGACUGGAAACCAGUCCCUUAAGCAUGUUUGAUUUAUUGUAUUGGAACAGAAAACUGUCAAUAAUAAAAUUUAAACAAAAAAACA